AUGUCCGCCGACCACAACACCGCCACCGGUCCCGCCGCCGACGCCGUCGCCGACCACCUCGGCCUCAAUCCCCCGGGCCAGCAUGCUGUGCACCCGCAAGAGACGGACGCCACCGUCCCGCACACCACCCAGGGCGGCGAGCCAGGCCUCGGCCUCGGCCCGCAGGUCGUGAGCACGUCGGAUGCCCUGGAGGUUCACUGCGGUCCGCUGCUGAACUACAGGCAGAUGAGCGGCGCCGCCUCGGGCCGGCCCGUCUGGCAUGGCAGCGUCCUCAUCGUGACCACCCCCGGCCAGAUUCGCCCCCAGCUGCUCCUGAGGGAGGUCGGCGCCGUCGACCGCUCCACGGGCCCCGCCCGCCCCGACACGCGCUCCUUCGACGGCUUCAGAUUGUACGAGGACCCGGGCAAGGCCUUCUGGCGCUUCCUCAUCGACGUGCCCCUCAGCGAAUAUGAGGCGCGCUGGGAGUACGAGAUCCCCAAGCUGGUGCCCGUUGGAGGCGCCACCAUUGACGGCGACCCCACCAAGCGCGUGUUUGCCGUGCCUUCGAUUACCCAAUCUAUGCGCAUUCUCUUCCACUCGUGCAAUGGCUUCAGUGUGGGAACCGACGUUGACGCCUGGUCUGGCCCUGCCCUCUGGAACGACGUGAACCGCAUCCACGCCGACAAGCCCUUCCAUGUCAUGAUUGGCGGCGGCGACCAGAUCUACAAUGACGGCGUGCGUGUUGAUGGCCCUCUCAAGGCCUGGACCGACAUUGGCAACCCCAAGAAGCGCCAGCAUUUCCCCUUCAGCGAGCAGCUCCGCGCCGAGUGCGACGAGUACUACUAUAAAAACUACGUCCGCUGGUACACCACGAGGCCCUUUGCCGACGCCAAUGGCCAGAUCCCCCAGCUGAACAUCUGGGAUGAUCACGAUAUCAUUGACGGCUUUGGUUCCUACACUGACCACUUCAUGCGCUGUGCCGUGUUCCGUGGCAUUGGUGGAGUUGCCCACAAGUACUACCUUCUGUUCCAACACCAUGUUGCUUGUCCGAAGAGCACUUUCACUUCGGAUGCUCCGGACACUGUUGCGCCUGGUCAGGACGGAACUCCAGCCGAUCCUGUGCAGAUGAAGGAUACUUUCGUCGCAGAUGAGCCAGAAGAGGAUGACUCGUACAUCAUCGGAGCGAAACCUGGUCCGUAUGUGGAAGAGCGCAGCCGAUCCAUCUAUUGCCAGCUCGGCGCUCGCAUUGCUUUCUUGGGUAUUGACGCUCGCACCGAGCGUACUCGCCACCAGGUCAAUUAUCCUGAAACUUACGAUCUUUUAUUCGACCGCUUGUCCAAGGAGUUCUCGUCCAACCGGGAGCUUAAACACCUGGUUCUCCUUCUUGGUGUCCCCAUCGCGUACCCGCGACUCCAGUGGCUUGAAAACAUCUUCCAGAGCCCUGUGAUUGGCCCCAUCCGUUUCAUGAACAAACGCUUUGGUCUGGCGGGAAGCCUCUUCAACCACUUCGACGGACAGGUCGACUUGCUGGAUGACCUGGAUGACCACUAUACCGCCCGCAACCACAAGGCCGAGCGUAAGGAGCUGGUCCUGCGCUUGCAAGAGAUCGCAAAGCAGUACAGCGUGCGCGUUACCAUCCUCGGUGGCGACGUCCACUUGGCAGCCCUCGGCCGCUUCUACAGCAACCCUGCUUUGAAAAUCCCUGUCGAGCGUGAUCAUCGUUACAUGAUCAACAUUGUCAGUAGCGCCAUCACUAAUAAGCCCCCGCCGCAACCGGUCGCCAACCUCCUCGCGCGCCGUAACAAGAUCCACCAUCUUGAUCAUGAGACGGACGAGACGCUGCUCGAGCUCUUUGACAAGGACCCCGGCUUCAACACCGAAGGCAAGGACGACAAGGGCGUCGGCAACAAGUCGGGCGACAAGAACCACUGCACCAUGCCCUCGCGCAACUUCGCCAUCAUCACGGAAUCAUGGACGCCCAACGGCAACCCGUCCCUCCAGCCGCCCGCCACUGCCAACGGCACCACAAACGGCAACGGCUCGCUCGCCCCUCCCGCCCCUCCCGGAACCGCCAACGGCUCGACCCAGUCCGCCUACACGGCCUCGGCGCCCAGCACCGUCAUGUCCGAUGGCCAACCCGUCUCGGCGCCGCCGGACCCGAAGCAGAACCCGCGCCGCGCGCUGCACGACGGCGAAAAGGGCUGUGGUACGGUGCAUCCGGCUGCGAGCGGCAUCGAUGCGUCGGGCCUGGGUGGCCGGUACGGGCUCGACAUCGCAUUCCGCGUCGAAAUCUCGAACAAGGACCGCGAAGGCCGCACGGAUGGAUAUGGUAUGAGUGUGCCUGGCUUGGAGGUCGGGGAGGCUUGA